UUCAAUUUCAAACCGAACUGCCGAAGUACUUUGAAAAGUUAUUUAAAAAAAAUGUUUGUAUCAACAAUUGUAGUGAUUUAAUCACAUUGCAAUUUUUUUAACUAAUCAAAAUGGAGGAAUCGUAUUCUGAAGGUGAUCUUUCCAUGUCUCCAUCUCAAAUCUUAGGACGACUUCAAGUGCUUCGACAACUACAAUUAUUACAGCGCGGGAAACUCCAAAAACAACAAUCGCUUUAUCAAGAUUCACCCGAAGUUUCUGCAAACUUAACUGAAAUUGUAAGUCAUUUUAGUAAUAGCACAAGUUAUAAUACCUUUCAAGGUUUAUUACAAACACAUGAAGAUUCUUCAAAGGAAGCCUCUCCUAGGCCAUACAUUAGUUCGUCAAGAAAACUGAUUGAACGUGAUUUAAUAGAUGGAGUGUCCGAGUUAAAUCUUUCUCGAGAAUCUGAAUACCUCAUUAAUUCCCCUGCCUCGGUAAACAGUAAAGUUUUAUCUGAGUAUGAAUCUACCAAUUCAAAUUCAAACACAAAAAAAUCUUUAUCUAGUAAACAGAUUUCCUUAGAUGAGAUACCCAUUUUAACCCCAAAGAAAAAUUUUGAAGCUUUGGUUGUUGAAAAACUACAAACAGAAAAAAAUCAAAUUCAACAAAAAUCUGUUCCUUUAGAAAAUGGUAAGAGGCCAUUUCUCAAGAGAGGUGAAGGCAUGUCACGUUUUGGAAUACAAAAGAAAGAUCUGAUCAUUCAACAUACAAAGUCCUUACCAUGGGUUCGAAAAAAAACAAACAAUAAAUGUAAUAAUUCAAAUAGUCCAGUGAACAAAAAUGUGAAAGAAUCACUACCAAUAAAGAAUUUAGAGAAGAUUGAUGUUAAAAUUUUAGUUAAAAAACCCACACCAGUUGAAAAGAAGACUGAAAUUGUAAACAAAAUUAAAGAAUCUGAGAAAUGUUUAGAAAAACCUGUAAUAAUUGAAACAAAUCAAUCAAAUAAACCUACUCAGAAUAGUCCCAUAGAAAAGGCUGGUCAAAAACUAAUCAAUCUACCUAAAGGAAAGCAUCCACUAAGAGCAAAUAAAGGAAAAACAUGGGCAGCGGUACUCACUAAAGAACAAGAUGAUUUCUUAAGACAAUUAAAACAGAGUGAAUACUACAAAAACUUUUCUUCUCCAUCUAAGAGUAUUACAUCUGAAAUGAGCUGUGAUGACAAUAUGGAUAAGAUACAACAGGACAUGGAAUCAUCUGAACAAAAGAUGUUUGAAUUACUCGAAAAUAAGGUAACACAUGAAAGUUUCACCCUAGAGAAUUCUUUUAUAAACCGCUUUCUUAGAAGAAAUAAAGCUGACUGUUCUGGAGAAAGCACACCACUAGUUAUGCAGAGAUGUUUAUCUUAUAAUCCUGAUUUAAUGCAUAUCGGCCCAAAUUUAAGGAAUGGAAAUACAAGAAAUGAUGAUUGUUGUGAUGCAACAUGUCCGAGUGAAUGCACGGAUUGCAUUGAAACAUGUUCUUCUGUUUCAAGCUGUUCAUGUAUUACAGUGGAACCAGUAAAUUCUAAUUGUCCUUGUUGUACUGAAUGUAGACCAAAUGGCAAAGAAAAAAAUAACAAAGACAACAAUAAUAAAACAAAAAAGGAUAAAUCAGAAAAUGAACUUGACAUGCAAAAUAAAAAAGAUAAAGAAAUUCAUAAUGACAACUCUACUGAUGACAGCAGUAAAAUAAAAGCAGACAUGGUGGAAAUGAAUAAUAAAUUGAUUGCAACAAGUGAGUUACUUAAGGAAAGGCUAACUGAAUUAGAAGAUGAGAUAGAAACAUUUAGAAAAGAAAAUGCAAACCUUACGAAAAUGCGAGAAGAAAUUGAUGUAGAGCGUCAAAAGUUUUUUGAAGAAAAGGCGGAAUUUGAACAAAAGUUUAAUGAAGAAAAAGUUUUGUCUGAAUACUAUAUUGCAGAAGAAAAAGAAAAACUAACCAAACAGAGACAGCUCUAUGAAAGAUAUGUCAGGGAUAUAAGAGGAAGACUUAGUAAAAAAGAUAAAGAUGAAGUUGUUAAUUUAAAGAAAGAAAUCAAUGAUCUUAAAGAAGAAAUAAGAAUAAAAGAUGCUAAAUCUACAUCAACAAUUGCAAGACUCCGUAACCAACUAAAACUUGUGGAAAAAGAAAAAAAGGAUUUACUAGACGAAGUUGAAAAGUUAAAGAAAGAAAAUAGACGGAUUCAACACAGUAACGAUGUGACAAGGAGAUUAACCAAUUUAAAAUAUCUUGAACAAAUUAAUAAGAAAUUAACAAAUAUGACUUCUAAAGAUUCAAAAUCUGAAGUGAAUAUAGAACCUAAUGUAAAAUAUAAAGCAUUUGAAAUUGAACGACAAAGUAGAGUUAAAAAAGUACAACCCCAGACUAAAGGUAUAAGAGUUAGAGCAAAGAGCGUCCCUAAUUUGAAUAUAACUUCUAGAUACGCUAAAUAUUUUAGUCAAAAGGAUUCUUUAAGUGAAAUAGAGAGAAAUAAAACUCUAAAUGUUGCGGGUUUAUGUAUCUCCCCAACAGAUUAUAUGACAGAUACUGACAACAUUGAGAAUUUAAACUACUCUAACUGUACCGAAAAAAGUGCGUCAGAAAGUGAAGAUGAGAACAAUUUAGAAAAGAUAUAUGAUGAGAGAUUUCGCAGUAUUUCACCUGCAAGCAAAAAAUCUAGUUUAAAUAAUUCAAGUGAAAAUAGCAAUUUUAAUGACAAUACUAGUAGUUAUUUUAUUCAUAAAUCAAAUCCAAGACAGCAUUCUUUACCUGUACAUCAGUCAAAUUUAAAUGAUAAGCCAGCAUUGGCAACAAAGUCACAUUCUUCUCUAAGUAAUAGAAUAACAAGGAAUUCACCAACAAAUUACUCAAGAAAUUCUUAUGAAUCUGGUGAUUUUAUUUCAAAUUAUUCAAAAGAAAGUGGUAGAAUCUCAUUAAGCAAUUCCCAUAGUUUAACUAAAUCGCCUACUUCAACAUUAAUGAGCAAUCAUUCCAGCCAAAAAUCAGGUACAAUUGAUCAGUUUCAAGAUCCCAGAAUCAUUGUUACUCCAGAACCAUGUACCAGCAAAAGUAGUUUAACAAAGACUAAUUUAAAUCCCACUGAAAUAACAAAACCUGAUGGAUCGAGGGAACUUAGAUUUCCUAAUGGUAAUGUAAAAUUCAUAUCAGCAGAUGGCAAAUACAGCAAGUUUGUUUAUUAUAAUGGUGAUGUGAAAGAAAACUUUUAUAACGAGGGUAGAAUGAAAUAUUUCUAUGCUGAAACAAAGACAUACCAAACCACUCAUGCUGAUGGAUUAGAAGUUUUAGAAUUUCCUGAUGGGCAAGUAGAGAAACGCUACAAGGAUGGUUCGUCGGAGAUCCGGCUGCCCAAUGGCAGUGUGCGGUACUAUGACCCUAAAAACGUACACGUGCGUGAAGAGUGGCGCUUCCCUGACGGUGCAGCGCUAACUGUCUCCGCCAAUGGGGAACAACGAGUUGUCUUCAGUAAUGGACAAGUUGAAGUUCAUACUAAAGAUCACAAGCGUCGCGAAUUUCCCGAUGGUACGGUGAAAUUUGUUUACAACGAUGGUACAUCUGAGACGAGGUAUGCAUCUGGCAGAGUUCGCAUCAAGGACAAACACGGCAACCUUAUAAUGGACUCUGCACCCAGCUAAUAUAAGAUUUACUAAUCCAUUAUUAUAUGUAACGGAAUCUGACAGUAUGCGGUCAUCAUGUCCAUGAUUAGGGUGACAAUCGGUUAUGUAACAUAAAGUAUAGGCUGUUUUAAAUCUUUUUUGCCAAGGUCAGCUCCAUGUUGUGUGGUUCAUUCCCCCCACACGCCUUUAAGGAACUUGUGUUAGCAAUUUGGGUGAUGAAGGAGCCAAGAUGUUUGAUUUCCACUGUUAAUGACUGCACUUUAAAUAAUCUAU